CCAGAACACCCUGAAAAUAGCUCCCAGGAAAGCAAGCAGCCAGCCAGGCAGGUUCUGUCCCUCUCACACACCGGCCCAAGGUUCCACAUCUCCCUCUGGAAAGGACACCAUGAGCACAGAAAGCAUGAUCCGCGACGUGGAACUGGCAGAGGAGGCACUCCCCAAAAAGGCGUGGGGUCCCCAGAACUCCAGUCGCUGCCUGUGCCUCAGCCUCUUCUCCUUCCUGCUUGUGGCAGGGGCCACCACGCUCUUCUGUCUGCUGAACUUUGGAGUGAUCGGCCCCCAAAGGGAAGAGAAGUUCCCAAACAACCUCCCCAUCAUUGGCUCCAUGGCUCAGACCCUCACCCUCAGGUCAUCUUCUCAAAAUUCGAGUGACAAACCUGUAGCCCACGUUGUAGCAAACCACCAAGUGGAGGAGCAGCUGGAAUGGCUGAGCCAGCGUGCCAAUGCCCUCCUGGCCAACGGCAUGGAUCUCAAAGACAACCAGCUGGUGAUACCCGCAGAUGGACUGUACCUCGUCUACUCCCAGGUUCUCUUCAAGGGCCAAGGCUGCUCCAGCUACGUGCUCCUCACCCACACUGUCAGCCGCAUUGCUGUCUCCUACGAGGAAAAAGUCAACCUCCUGUCUGCCAUCAAGAGCCCCUGCCCCAAGGAAACCCCUGAGGGGGCUGAGCUCAAGCCCUGGUAUGAGCCCAUCUACCUGGGAGGGGUCUUCCAGCUGGAGAAGGGCGACCGACUCAGUGCUGAGGUCAACCUGCCCAAAUAUUUAGACUUUGCAGAGUCUGGGCAGGUCUACUUUGGUGUCAUAGCUCUGUGAGGCAGAUGGAUGUCCAUCUAUUCUCUACCACGCCCCACUUUGAUCCCCAAAGCCCUCGUC